AUCAAGCUCUCACACACCGAGUUCAAACAGCGGCGCGAGGUCGAUCACAACCAGACGCGGCCUGCAAAACGCAGCAUUGAAAGCAAAAUCGAGGUCUCCGCUGGCGCAACGCGAGCUGAGCCUCCAACACUGGCUGUGCAAGCUGUGCAAGCUGCUCAAAAACCAGCCUAGCUGCUUCAAAAACCAGCCCGAGUCCACAACAAUGAAGCUGUUCGUCCUCGUUCUCGCCGGCAUUGCUCAACAGGCGACUCCACUCCAACUCCUCAACGCCGGUGGCGGCCGCGGCGCCGGCCUGCUAUUGCCGCGGGCGCUGAACGAGCGGCAGCAGUCGCAGAUGUACGCGUACGUCUGCGCGAACGCGCGGGGCACGCAGGAGUGGCAGAACCUCCAGGUCGACGCGGGAACGCUUGCGUGCGACGAACGUGAUAUGCGUGUUCCGGCGUCCUUGAAUUUGCUCGGCCUGUGCCUCACUGGUCGACUUUCCUACAGGUUCAAGACCCCCUUCCCCGCCGAACGGCCGCUGCCGUUGCUCGUGCAUAAGCACCCGUACACGCUCAAGUCGAACGGCGAGGAGCCGAGGACAAUCCUGACCUGGGCCCGCCAACUGGCCUCGUACGCUGCACGCAAGGUGGCCUCCGUGGACGCGACGGGCCUGGCGCCGCGGGAGGAAAGAGCGCGCCUCGCGCGGGCCCUGCGGGCGACGCGCCUGGACUCGCUGGUGUCGAUCCUCUACCGUGCGCGUGGCGCCCUGCGGCCGCACGUCGACCACGGGCUCGAGGGUCUAGGACUUGCCGUGAGCCUCUGUGUAGAAAUCAAUGCAGUUACGGAGACGACGUCGCGUUGAUGGCGUGGGGCGUGCGAAAUUUGAUUUCCACACAGGUCAGCCUCGGCAGCUCGUGCGAGUUCCGCUACGGCGACGAGAUCGUCGAACUCAGGUCGGGCGACGCGCUGUUCGGCAACUUCGGCAGCGUCGAACACGAGGUCGUGUCGACGCGUCCGGCGGCGACGGGGCCGGCGUGGUGGAGACGCCUGCCCGCGGCGCCGGGGCUGGCCGGUGAGAUCUCGCGUUUUGGCCGCGCGCGGUGCAGUUUGCAAAUCCGCCAGGCGCGCGAUCGACGGCGCGCGUCGUCGGGCUGAUCCGGCCGCCUUGCGACGCUUGAUCCCGCAACGCUCCUCUCCCCAUCGAAUAAUAACUUGGUUAAAAAUUGCCAGUGAC